AUGUUUAUCGGCGAGGUAAUGUUCUGGUUGUUCUCCACAAAACCGCGUAAAACAGUUUAUGCAAACUGCGGAGAAUGCAAAGUGCAUCUGUUUACGAGAAGACUUCUGCGAUUUAUUGCCGUAUUCUUAUGUGGAGCCCUGGUAACGCAAAUCUUUGUGGACACAAUCAAACUGAUGACCGGCUAUCAACGACCAUACUUCCUUUCGCUAUGCAAUGUCUCUAUAAGUGCCUGCACAGCUCCACUCGAACAUUCGCCGUCUCCAUCACCAAACUUGGCUUGCAACUUUCGCGGAGCUGAUGAGCUACGGUACGCUUGGCUCACCUUCCCCUCACUUCACGCGGCAUUCUCAAGCUAUUCGGCCAUUUUUGCUUCAGUGAGUUUAUCUAACUCUAACUGUUGCUUAAAACAUCUAUCAUCCUUAAAAUUCUGA